AACACACUCUUGCUAAACGCGCGUCUAUAUGCAUUGCACAGGUUACUGUGUAGCUAGAUGGAGUCGGUACUGCAACAGCUUCAACUGCCAUUAGCCUACUACAAAUGGCAUCAACAGGACAAUUUUCUAAUCUCUUCAUAAACAUAAGCCUAGUUUUCUAGUAUAAAUAUAGGACACGGUGUCGAUUUUGCUUGUUUGUGUGUGUGUGUAUGUGCAUUGCACAGGUUACUGUGUAGCUAGAUGGAGUCGGCACAGCUGUGCACCAGGGGCUACUACCGCAACAGCUACAACAGCAUUACCAGCGCCAGCAGCGACGAGGAGCUGCUGGAUGGAGCCGGCGUCAUCAUGGACUUCCACACCACCGAGGACGACAGCCUGCUGGACGGGGACGCCUCCCCAGGUUCUAACUACGCCAUGUCUAACGGGGGCGGGGUGGUGAGUAGCUCCACCCACCUGCUGGACUUGCUGGAGGAGCCCAUCCCGGGCGUGGGCACCUAUGAUGAUUUCCACACCAUCGACUGGGUGCGAGAGAAAUGCAAGGACCGCGAGCGGCACCGCAAGAUCAACAGUAAGAAGAAGGAGUCGGCGUGGGAGUUUACCAAGAGCCUUUACGACGCCUGGUCAGGAUGGCUAGUGGUCACUCUCACUGGACUGGCCUCAGGGGCACUGGCGGGCGUGAUAGACAUUGCGGCUGACUGGUUGAACGACAUCAAGGAGGGCGUGUGCCUGAGUGCCAUGUGGUUCAACCACGAGCAGUGCUGCUGGGGCUCCAACGAGACCACCUUCGCCGAGCGAGACAAUUGCCCCCAGUGGAAGACAUGGGCCGAGCUCAUAUUGGGACAGGCAGAGGGCCCUGGCUCCUAUAUCAUGAACUACUUCAUGUACAUCUACUGGGCGCUGUCCUUCGCCUUCCUGGCCGUCUGCCUGGUCAAGGUGUUCGCACCCUACGCCUGUGGAUCGGGGAUCCCUGAGAUCAAGACGAUCCUGAGUGGCUUCAUCAUCCGCGGCUACCUGGGCAAGUGGACGCUGAUGAUCAAGACGAUGACACUGGUGCUGGCGGUGGCGUCGGGCCUCAGCCUGGGCAAGGAGGGCCCGCUGGUGCAUGUGGCCUGCUGCUGCGGAAACAUCUUCAGCUACCUCUUCCCCAAGUACAGCAAGAACGAGGCCAAGAAGAGAGAGGUGUUGUCUGCAGCCUCAGCAGCAGGUGUGUCGGUGGCUUUUGGGGCGCCCAUUGGAGGGGUCCUCUUCAGUCUGGAGGAGGUGAGUUAUUACUUCCCUCUGAAGACCCUGUGGCGUUCCUUCUUCGCGGCGCUGGUGGCUGCCUUCGUGCUGCGCUCCAUCAACCCCUUUGGCAACAGCCGACUGGUGCUGUUCUAUGUGGAGUACCACACGCCCUGGUACCUGUUUGAGCUGUUCCCCUUCAUCCUGCUGGGCGUGUUCGGCGGCCUGUGGGGCGCCUUCUUCAUCCGGGCCAACAUCGCCUGGUGCCGGCGCCGCAAGUCCACGCGCUUCGGCAAGUACCCGGUGCUGGAGGUCAUCACCGUGACGGCCGUCACCGCCCUGGUGGCCUUCCCCAACCCCUACACGCGCCAGAACACCAGCGAGCUCAUCAAGGAGCUCUUCACCGACUGCGGCCCCCUGGAGUCCUCCCAGCUCUGCCAGUACCGGACCAAGAUGAACGGCACCGCCGCCUACGUGGACGCCGCCGGCAACCAGGCCUCCACGCCGGGCGUCUACUCGGCCAUGUGGCAGCUGGGCCUGGCGCUGGUCUUCAAGGUCGUCAUGACCAUAUUCACCUUCGGCCUCAAGGUGCCGUCGGGUCUGUUCAUCCCCAGCAUGGCGAUUGGGGCCAUAGCGGGGCGCAUCGUGGGCAUCGUGAUGGAGCAGCUGGCGUACUACCACCACGACUGGUUCCUCUUCAAGGAGUGGUGCGAGGUGGGCGCAGACUGCAUCACGCCAGGACUCUACGCCAUGGUGGGGGCCGCAGCCUGCCUCGGUGGCGUGACGCGCAUGACCGUCUCGCUGGUGGUCAUCGUGUUCGAGCUGACGGGCGGCCUGGAGUACAUCGUGCCCCUGAUGGCGGCGGUGAUGACCAGCAAGUGGGUGGGCGACGCGUUUGGGCGCGAGGGCAUCUACGAGGCGCACAUCCGCCUCAACGGCUACCCCUUCCUUGACGCCAAGGAGGAGUUCACCCACACCACGCUGGCGCGCGACGUCAUGCGGCCACGCCGGUCCGACCCGCCGCUCGCCGUGCUCACACAGGAUGACCUGACGCUAGCGGAGCUUCAGACGGUGAUCAGCCAGACGAGCUAUAAUGGCUUCCCCGUCAUCGUCUCCAAGGAGUCCCAGCGGCUGGUGGGCUUCGCCCUACGCAGGGACAUCACCAUCGCCAUCGAGAACGCGCGGCGUAAGCAGGAGGGCAUCAUGCUGAACUCGCGCGUCUACUUCACGCAGCACGCGCCCACACUGCCCGCCGACAGCCCGCGGCCGCUCAAGCUGCGCUCCAUCCUGGACAUGAGUCCCUUCACCGUCACCGACCACACGCCCAUGGAGAUCGUGGUGGACAUCUUCCGCAAGCUGGGCCUCCGCCAGUGCCUGGUCACCCACAACGGGAUUGUGUUGGGAAUCAUCACAAAGAAGAAUAUUUUAGCACACCUGGAGGAGCUCAAGGAGCAGGCGGAGCCUCUGGCGUCUCCUGGGCAUCAUCACCAAAAAAGAUAUCCUGCGGCACAUGGCCCAGAUGGCCGACCAAGACCCCGACAACAUCAUGUUCAACUAGUGCCCUCCUUCCUCCUCGCCAGCUGCUACGGCAAGAAAAAGCGUCAGAGGCGGCGGCAGUGGAGGGAGGAGGAGGAGGAUGAGGAAGAGCAGGUCCGCCUACUGGACAGCACGUCCCUUUGACACACAGCCACCACACUCCCCAAAACUCCCACAGAGACACUUACCAUUUACCAAGAGGAGGAGGAGGCGGAGGAGGUGAUGGAGGAGGAGGAGGAGGAGGAUGAAGAGCAGGUGGGCCUACUGGACAGCACGCCCCUUUGACACACAGCCACCACACUCCCAAAACUCCCACAGAGACAUUUACCAUUUACCAAGAGGAGGAGGAGGAGGAGGAGGAGGAGGAGGAUGAGCAGGAGCACGUCCCUUUGACACACAGCCACCACACUCCCCACAGACACUCGCAAAAUGCCCAUCCCGAUGACAACCCCGUCCCUUAGCCUUCCUCGCUUACCCAGAAACCCCACCAAGAAGGGGGAGGAAGAGGAGGAGGAGGAGGAGGAGGAGGA